AUGUAUAAAAUCCAUCUCCCUCGCCGACCCGCCCAAAACAAGAGAUUCGGCACAGCUGCGACCGGACCUGCAGACAUGGGGUUGCGUCCUGGUUUAGCUUCUUUAUUGCUGCUGGUUCUGGUGGCUGAGACUGCAGCCCUUGGACCACAUCAACACACAGAGAGGGACAGGGAACUGGACCAGAACCAAGAUCUGCAGCCAACUCACCCAGGACCAGCUACACCGUGUUCUGGAGCGGCUCCGGAUCACAGUGAUGCUCUCGACGGCCUUUUCGCCGAGAUCAGAGAUUCCUGGGAUCAGGAAAGCGAGCUGAACAGAGAGGAUCUGAGCCGGUUCGGGUUUUGCCCAGGUUCCGACGGAAUUCUGGAUUUCCAGCUAUCUGCAUUAACUCUGCUGGCAGAGAAAGCCAAAAACCAGAACCACGGCCUAGAGCUGUUGUACCCGGUGAAAGAGCACUAUGAUGUGGAGGAGGAUGGAGAUAUCACACUAACUGUUCAUCUCCAAAAGUCCCUCCCGAAAAACGGGAGUCCGGCAGGACAGGCUCCCAUGAUGCUCCUGUUCUCUGUGGAUUCUUCCAAAGCAGGACAACUGAGGCUGUCAAUCAACAGCCCCUCCCUUCAGCCCAGCACACAGACAGUGUGUGUUUCGCCGAGAACACGGUUCCUUCUUCUGCAGGGUAACCCCUCGGAGACUCACACACACGGUCGUCUGAAGCUGAGAAUGAGCGCGUGGAAAACGAGAACAGAAAAUGAGCAGAGGCUUGGCUUGUCUGAGUUACAGUCAGUCAUAACGAGAAAGACGGAGGGUCAGAGUGUUUCUAGAAACCCAGCGGUUCUUCUCGCCAUGGGCAGAGGAACGACAGACGUUUUAGGGGCCUCUCAUACAAAAGAUGACAGAGCCUCCCCGGGUCCUCUCGCUCCUUCCAGAACCUUCCAUUUCCUCUGUGAUUUGCAGACGUUCCUGAACGAGGUCCUUCCACAGAAGCAGCGUUCGUCUCCCCCCGCCGCAGUCACCCUGGACCGCCUUCACUCCUUACCUCCCCUCGUGUUGGGGGCGUCAUCCAGCGAAUCUCUGCUCUUGGGCCUGAUGAACUCAUCAGGACCGACGCUAUUCUCUUUCCCCCAACACGGUUUGGGUUUAUUGGGCCAUAGGGUGGAGCUAGACCUCGAGCCCACCCUUCUUUCAGUGCUCCAAACACGGUUGGACGAAGCAUUGGGCCAAGUUCGCAGGGAGGAGGUGGGGCAAGGGGUGAUUGACAGGCUGCAGAGACUGAGCGAGCUGACCGUACUACCCAGAGAAGGGGAGGAGCCUGGUUUGGAGAGUCCUCAGGAGGUCCAGUAUCGAGCUCUCUUGCUCUUGAAAGCCUUACAAACAAUACUGUCUGUCUGGGAGGAUGAGAGAAGCCAACGGGCUGCCAGAGGUGAUCAGGAAAGCCCGGCGAAGACCAACGCGUGUCGGUUACACAUCCUCACCGUGUCCCUGGAGAAGUAUCUCCUGCAGCCUUCCACGGUCGCUAUCAACAACUGUGGGGGGGCCUGCAGCUUCCCCUUGACCAACGGGAACAACCACGUGAUUCUGCUGAACAGUCACGUGGAGGGCGGGCACAGUUUGGAGAGAAAACCCUGCUGUGUGCCCGUGGUUUACGAAGACCUGCUGGUGAUAGAGCUCAACAGCGAGGGCACCAGCAUCUCCGUCAAAACCAACAUGGUGGCCAAAGAGUGCGGGUGCCGUUAA